UUCUUGUUCGAAAUUCUUUGAACCUGAACCUCUUGUUCUUGUUCUCUUACGACGUUGCUUCAUUCAGACCAAUGAAGAGUUCUCAAUCUUCUUCUUCUUCUCUUCACUCCUUCUGAAUGGAGCUAUCUCUUGCACUCACCACCACCAAGCCUUCUUCAACUUCAUCGCUUCCACUUUCCCACAAGCUAUGUGAGUUUCACCUCAGGAAGAAGCAGAGAGUGGUUCCCUUCUUCGAUGGAGCUAGGAUUCCGCUGCGUAGUGUCAGGGCUUCGGCUGAGCGAACCGGGGAGACCAUCACCGAUAGGGAUGCAAGAACCGCCGGGUUCACCUCCCCGGCGGCUAUGGAGGUCACCACCACCGCAUUCAACGAUGCUGAUUUCCCUGUUUGGGAGAAGAUUGGUGCUAUUGUCAGACUCAGCUAUGGCGUCGGGAUUUAUGGUGCCAUGGCUGUUGCGGGGAGUUUUAUAUGCUCCAUCACUGGAAUUGACUCUCUAGGGGGUUUCCAUCUAUCAUUAGAUGCCAUUCUGGAUGGGCUUGGAUAUGCAGCUCCUCCAAUCAUGGCUCUUCUCUUUAUACUUGAUGAUGAAGUUGUGAAGCUAUCACCCCAUGCUCGUGCCAUCAGAGAUGUGGAGGAUGAAGAACUCUGGAGUUUUUUCUAUGGGAUGUCCGCUUGGCAGUUUGUACUGAUGGUUGCUGCAAGUUCAGUGGGAGAGGAGCUCUUCUACAGGGCUGCGGUUCAGGGUGCGUUGGCUGAUAUAUUUUUACGAGGCAGUAAUCUUAUACCAGAAGCUCAAGGAAUGGCAUCUUUGACAGGGGUACUGCCUCCAUUUGUUCCAUUUGCUCAGGCAUUUGCAGCUGUACUUACAGCUGUCCUUACUGGUUCUCUCUAUUAUGUGGCUGCCUCUCCUAAAGAUCCUACUUAUAUUGUGGCACCUGUUUUACAGUCUCGCUCUGGUCGUCAAGAUUUGAAAAAGCUAUUUGAAGCCUGGUAUGAGAAACGGCAAAUGAAAAAAAUAUAUUCACCACUUCUGGAAGGACUACUAGCUCUCUACCUAGGAUUUGAGUGGAUCCAAACGAAUAACAUUCUUGCUCCCAUUAUCACACAUGGCAUAUACUCCACAGUUAUAUUGGGACAUGGCCUUUGGAAGAUAAACGACCACCGGCGAAGACUACGUCAAAGAAUCCAACAGCUCAAAUCUGAAGAACAAAAUUCCAAGUAGACUUUGAAAUACCUUCCAUGUCUGGCUGUGAUACAAAAAAUGUAUAUGUAUGUAUUAGAGCUGCUAAUUAUGUAAAGAGAAAAGAUGUAUAUACUUGUGUUAGCUGAGGUCUCGUACACACUGAAUAUUCAGGUUUUGUUCACAAUUUUCUAAUUUCGAGUUACUAUAUGUAGUGUUUUCUAAUAAAAUGAAAUAAAAUCCCAAAGUUGGGUUGAUUUAAA